AUGAUCAACCUAUCAGGGCAUUCUUUAUAUGAAAUAGAAAUUUUUGAUCAAAUCAUUCCUCCCCUUCUCACCGCUUUUGUCAUCUCGCAAGAUGAUAGUUGUAUUGAAACCAUAGAAUUUCCUGCGGUAUUUAAAGCACCAAUUCGACCAGAUAUUGUGAGAUUUGUUCAUAAAAAUAUCUCCAAAAGUAACCGUCAGCCUUAUGCAGUAUCAUCAAAAGCUGGUCAUCAAACUUCGGCAGAAUCUUGGGGUACUGGGCGUGCAGUUGCUCGUAUUCCUAGAGUUUCUGGUGGAGGUACCCAUCGUGCUGGACAGGGUGCUUUCGGUAACAUGUGUCGUGGUGGUCGCAUGUUCGCACCUACUAAAAUCUGGCGCAAGUGGCAUAUCAAAACAAAUCUUAACCAAAAACGAUUCGCCACUGCAUCAGCUUUGGCGGCAUCAGCUAUUCCAUCACUCGUAUUGGCACGAGGUCAUAGAAUUGAAGAAAUUCAAGAAAUACCGCUUGUUAUUGGAAGCGGUAUUGAAUCUUUGGUAAAAACCAAAAUGGCCAUUGAACUUCUGAAAACCACCCACGCUUAUAGGGAUGUGGUUAAAGUUUCUAAUUCUCGUAAAUUACGAGCUGGUAAAGGUAAAAUGCGUAAUAGACGCCAUCGUCAACGUAGAGGACCGUUGAUUGUCUAUAAUGAAGACCUUGGUGUUGUGAAAGCUUUUCGCAACAUUCCUGGAGUUGAAGUGGUUAACGUUAGAAAUUUAAAUUUAUUACAAUUGGCACCUGGUGGCCAUUUGGGUAGAUUUAUUAUUUGGUCUCAGGGCGCUUUUGCAUUGUUGGACGCCCUGUUUGGAACUUAUAAAAAGCCUUCUGAAUUGAAAAAGGACUACCGUUUGCCACAGAACGUUAUUUCUAAUUCUGACGUUACCCGUCUCAUCAAUUCCAAUGAGAUUCAACAAGUCCUUCGACCUGCUGGAGAAAAGCAUCAAAAACGCCCUUAUACUCAAAAGAAAAAUCCUCUCCGUAACAAUGGUGUGAAAAUCCGUUUAAAUCCUUAUGCUAAAGUGUUACAAAGAGCAGAAAUUAUUGCUGCUGAAAAACGCAAAGCUGGUAAGGUGAAAAAGAAACGAGUUCAAUUCAAAGCUUCAACAAAGGUUGCACCAAG